GAUCGUUGAUUUGAAUCGAUUUCAAAAUGGCUGAACCAGAAACAAAAGUGGAAGUUGCCGAAGUUUUCUCUGACGAAAUAAUGCGUAAAAAGUCGGAAAGUGAAAAUUCCAAGUCGAAUAAUCACGACGAGGAUAGUGAAAGUGCGGAGGAGCAGCCUCUGGAUGCUGGAAUUCACUAUUUAGUCCGCAGAACCGAUAACUCCUGGUACCCGGGUGAAAUCAUUCAAUCCCGCUACAAUGAGUUGGAGCGACAGUAUGAGUAUUACGUGCACUAUGAGGGAUACAAUCGGCGCUUAGAUGAAUGGGUGCCAAGAGGCAGAAUCAUGUCUUCAAGAUUCAACUUAACGGAUGGUCAAAAGAUGCCUGAUCUCAAAACUUGGAAAGAAAGGCCUGUGAUCACUGAUCUUCUGUCGGAUAGCUCAGACAGAAAAAUCACUAGAAACCAAAAGCGAAGGCAUGACGAAAUUAAUCACAUCCAGAAAACUUAUGCUGAGAUGGACCCCACAACAGCAGCUUUGGAGAAAGAGCAUGAACAAAUCACAAAAGUGAAAUACAUUGAUAGGAUACAGAUUGGCCGUUUUGAGAUCGACACCUGGUACUUCAGUCCGUAUCCUGAAGAAUAUGGCAGGCAGUCAAAGCUUUGGAUCUGUGAAUACUGCUUGAAAUACAUGCGGCUGGAAAAGAGCUACAGAUAUCACAUGAGUGAGUGCACUUGGAGGCAACCGGUGGGCAAAGAAAUCUAUAGGAAAGGAACUUUGUCAGUUUACGAAGUAGAUGGAAGAGAUCACAAGGUUUACUGCCAGAACUUGUGCCUGCUAGCCAAACUAUUUCUAGACCACAAAACAUUGUAUUUCGACGUAGAACCGUUCCUGUUUUAUAUUCUGUGCGAAGUGGACAAACAAGGCGCCCAUAUCGUUGGAUACUUUUCAAAGGAAAAGGAAUCACCCGAUGGUAAUAAUGUAGCCUGCAUUUUAACUCUACCGCCAUAUCAGAGGCAGGGAUACGGGAAAUUGUUGAUUGCCUUUAGUUACGAGCUCUCCAGAUUGGAGGGAACGGUUGGUAGUCCCGAACAACCGCUAAGUGACUUGGGUAAACUCAGUUACCGUAGUUAUUGGAGCUGGGUUCUUUUAGAGAUUCUCAGGGAUUUUAGAGGGACUUUGAGCAUUAAAGACUUAAGUCAAAUGACUAGCAUAACCCAAACAGACAUCAUAUCGACACUGCAAAGUAUGAACAUGGUGAAGUACUGGAAAGGACAGCAUGUGAUCUGCGUAACGCCGAAAUUGGUGGACGAACACAUCCGUUCCAGCCAGUACAAAAGGCCGCGAUUAUGCGUCGACAGUACAGCCCUCAGAUGGUCGCCUCGCCGGCAUGUUAACAAUAAAUUGGGAAAAAAAUAGACCCAAUUUGUUUACAUAUAUUUUUAAUCAAAUUGUUACUUGUACUUGCAAUUUUUCGUCAGUUAAAUCGAGUACUUUUUGUGAUAUAACGUGGAAUGUAUGAAUAAGUAGCGUAGUGAAUGUAACCAGUACAUGACCAAUGCUUCUAAACUCCAAUAAAAUUAUUCGUUUACUGA